CUGCUGAAGACAGGCCAGCCUGCCCGCCUCAGAUCCCUCUCUUGUCACUGGGGGACUGUAUUUGAGAAGCUGGGAAUUUGCUCCAUGCCCAAAUUUUUCCGUUUUCUCCAUGACAUAACGACAAUAAAGAAGGACCUUCACGUGGCGGUGACCAACCUGCGUUUUGGGACGAUCCCCGUGAGGCUGUUCCAGCCCAAGGCAGCGUCCUCCAGCCCCCGGCGAGGCAUCAUCUUCUACCAUGGAGGGGGUGGAGUAUUUGGAAGCCUGGAUUGGUACCACAGCCUGUGCAGUUUUCUGGCCCAGGAGACUGACUCUGUGCUGCUGUCUGUUGGGUACCGCAUGCUUCCUGACCACCACACCCCUUCCAUUUCCCGAGACUGCCUGAAUGCCUCUAUUCACUUCCUGAAGGGCCUGGAAGCCUAUGAGGUGGACCCGUCCCGGGUUGUCGCCUGUGGAGACAGCGCUGGAGGAUGGGUGGCUGCCAUGAUCACCCAGACCUUGGUGGGCAGAUCAGAUCUUCCCCGAAUCCGGGCUCAGGUCAUGAUCUAUCCAAUCGUCCAGGCGGUCAAUCUGCAGUUGCCGUCUUAUCAGCAGAACCGAAAUGUCCCAUUUUUCUCCCAGAAGUUCAUGCUGACAUGUCUGUGUAACUAUCUGGCCAUUGACGAAUCCUGGAAGGAAGCCAUCCUGAAUGGUGCUUAUAUACCCCCGGAUGCCUGGAGGAAGUACAGGAAGUGGGUCAGCUCUGACAACAUCCCCAAGAAAUUCAAGAACAGAGGCCACCAACCCAGGUCUCCCAGUCCUUUUAAUGAGGCUGCCUAUCUGGAAACCAAACAUAUUUUGGAUGUAGAAAAUUCACCCCUCUUAGCGGACGAUGAGACCAUCGCUCGGCUUCCUGAGGCCUUCCUGGUGAGCUGUGAGAAUGACAUCCUCCGUGAUGACACCUUGCUCUAUAAGAAACGCUUGGAGGACCAGGGGGUGCCUGUGACAUGGUACCAUGUGGACGAUGGCUUUCACGGAUGCAUAAUCUUAUUUGAUAAGAAGGCUUUCUCUUUCCCUUGCUCCCUGAAAAUUGUGAACGCUGUGGUCAGUUAUAUAAAGGGCAUAUGAUAGUGAACUUGGGGAUCUGAGUAGGUGUGGCAGGUGUGGACACUUGCACAAGCUGGGUCCUUUCUUGAGUUCUAUGUUAUUGAUUAAAGAGAAGUCAAAUCAAUGCUUGGUCUGGGUGGGAGGAUGAGAAGGGAUGCAAGAGCAGCCUUGCUGACUAUUCCAGAAAAUCCAUAGUACGUCUGUUCCUGUCCAGCACUAAUACUUUCCAAUUCUGGAUUUAGCACCAUUCUGUGACAUUUCCAUUAAUAUGAAAUAAAUACCAAAGAGAGGAAGAAAGGUUUCUUUAAAAAUUUCUCGAAGCCCUGACAUAUAAGUUUCAUGCAGAAUAAAUGCCCAGGACUGAUCAUAUUGUCCAUG